AACAAGUUUUUGGCAUAAAAAUGUAUUCAGUUAUAUAGCAAAGUUUGUGUUGUUCUUUCAUUAGUAUUGCAUUGUCUGCUCGCAAGAUGGCACGCUCUGUUGCUCUAUUGCUGGUGUUUGCAUUGAUCGUGUCUUCUUUGGCAGCACCAUCAAAGGACGAAGAGUACGACGAUGAUGAUGAUGAUUAUGAAGAUGGAGUAGACGCUGAAGAAGGAAGUAUUGGCAUUUUGGGAAUAAGCGGUGGUAAAUUUGAUGCAGGCAGUUUCAGUAUUGGCCAUGGAGGAGACAGUCAUGGGGACGGUGACGGUGGACACGCUGGCAACCAUGGCACCAACUCGUAUGGAGGAUCUGGAGGCGAUAAGGGCCAUAAUAAUUAUGGAAAGAAGUAGGAUAAUAAUUAUGGAAUUAAUAAAUAUUACUAUAACAUUUACAAGUAGUCAGCUACAGUGUUAUAUCCACUCGGUUUAGCUGUUUUCUAUGUACUGUAUUUUGUAUCAUAAAAUGGGGCUGUCAUGUUCCUAUUAGGAAAAAAACCCUAAUAAAAAUUUAGAUAAAAAUAAAAAAAAAUGGUGCGCAAAAUUAUUUUGUAUAUUAAAUAUUAAAUAAAGUUGUAUUAGGUAUCAACGAUAUUGUGAACUGUACAAUUUGAUAAAGUAAUCAUUUAAUAAAGUAUAGGUAUUG